AUGGGACGCACAAACAACAACCCUAGAGCUGGAAAGUCCGGCAAGCAGGCCAGGGCCGCCGCUGCUGCCAACACCAACAACAAGAUGAAGAAGGACCCAGGUGUGCCAAACCUAGCCCCCCUCCGUGAACAAAUGCUCCAAAAGAAAAUGCGUGCCGCCGAAGCCAAACAACAACAGCGCGAUGCCCGCGAACUGGCCAUGAACAAGAACCGCAAGAUCAUCUCCUCCUCCGCGACCUCCAUUCACGAUAUGGCCCGUAUUGCCAACGCCCGCGGGAAGGAAUACGAUGCGACCGCUGUGGAAGUCAAGGCAGAUGAUGGUGUUCGAGACGUCGUGGACUCUGCGGCUGUGGGUGGGAAGGAUAACUCGAGAAAGGCGUAUUACAAAGAGUUUAGAAAGGUGUUGGAGAAUGCGGAUGUGAUUCUGGAGGUUUUAGAUGCUAGAGAUCCUUUGGGGUGCAGGACGAAGCAGAUUGAGAGGUUGAUUAUGGAUGCCGGAACUGAUAAGCGUAUCAUCCUCGUUCUUAACAAGAUUGAUCUGGCGCCAAGAGAAAAUGUGGAGAGCUGGUUGAAGUACCUGCGUCACGAAUAUCCCACCAUCGCAUUCAAGGCCUCGACUCAAUCACAACGCACCAACCUCGGACAGAGCAACGUUGGAACAGACAUGGCAACAGACGACAUGUUGACGAGUAGUGAAUGUUUGGGAGCCGAUCAGCUGGUCAAGUUGCUCAAGAACUACUGUCGAAACGCCAACAUCAAGACCGCCAUCACAGUCGGUGUCAUUGGAUACCCCAACGUCGGAAAGUCGUCCGUCAUCAACUCUUUGAAGCGCUCCAAGGUCUGCGGUGUUGGUUCUACCCCUGGAUUCACCAAGGUCGCACAGGAGAUCAACUUGGACAAGAACAUCAAAUUGCUGGAUUGCCCCGGUAUCGUCUUUAGUAAGGGUGAAAAUGGAGAGUCGGCCGCAGAGUUGUUGCUCCGUAACUGUGUCAAGGUCGAGUUGCUCGAGGACCCCAUUUCGCCCGUCGAGUUGAUUGUCGGACGUUGCAAGAAGGAGCAGUUAAUGGAGAUGUACGGUGUCCCUCUCUUCGAAGACGUCAAUGACUUUUUGGUCCACUUGGCCCGUAUCCGUGGAAAGCUGAAGCGUGGAGGUAUCCCCGAUAUCUUUUCGGCCGCGCGCUCGAUUCUCAACGACUGGAACUCUGGAAAGAUUCCCUUCUACACCAUCCCCCCAGCCACUCAACACACUCCUGCCGCCGCUGCCUCGAUGGUCGAGGGAUGGAGCAAAGAGUUUGAUAUCGAUACUCAGGAGGAUGUCCAGGUCUUGGCCAACAUGAAGUCGACCAUUGACAUGAAGCACGCCAUGGCCAUGACUGCCCACGAGCUCGAGGAGGGAGAGAUGGAUAUGAUGGGCAACGACGAGGAUGAGAUGUACGACAGCAAUAACGACAUGGCGAUGGACGAGGACGGCUUUAUGGAUCAGGACGAGAUGGGCGGUGAUCAGGAGGCCCCCGUGGACGGACAUUCUUCCAAGCCUGUGAUCAACUUCAAGCCCAAGGGCAAGAAGAUUGAGCCCAAGGUGAAGCCUCAGAUGGCGUUCACACCCGAGGAAGCCGAGUUGAACCCUCGUUUGAACCAGGACCGUAAGAAGUUGCUCAAGCAGCAGCAGAAGAAGGCCCGCAAGGCAGCCAACGCGGUCGAGGCUGGCGAGGAUCUGGAUAUGGAUGAUGAUGACGAGGAGGAUGUCGGUUUCGCACAGCCUUCUCGCUUCGACUUUGGACAGUUCAAUGGCCAAUUCGGCGGCGACGACGAACGUAGGUGUCUCUUUACUUUAUUGUUGAUAUAUGCGAUAUAUGCGAUGCUUGUGUUGAAGUGCGAACAUGGAUACUAA